CACAGAAGAGGAAGUGGUGUUGUAGUUGUCCCCACUGGGGCAAGCUGCAGCGGCGGUGAAGGAACGAGGGUGCACGGGGCCUCCCCGAGGGGCCAAACGAGAGAGAGACAGGCAGCCACCAUGGAGCUCUGGCGACAGUGCACCCGUUGGCUGAUCCAGUGUCGGGUGCUGCCUCCCAGCCACCGUGUGACCUGGGAGGGGGCCCAGGUGUGUGAGUUGGCACAGGCACUGCGGGAUGGUGUCCUCUUGUGUCAAUUGCUUAACAACCUGCUUCCCCACGCCAUCAAUCUGCGGGAGGUUAACUUACGGCCCCAGAUGUCCCAGUUUCUUUGUCUUAAGAACAUUCGAACCUUCCUGUCUACCUGCUGUGAGAAGUUCGGCCUCAAGCGCAGCGAACUCUUCGAGGCUUUUGACCUCUUUGAUGUGCAGGACUUUGGAAAGGUCAUCUACACCCUGUCUGCUCUGUCAUGGACACCCAUUGCCCAGAACAAAGGAAUCAUGCCCUUUCCAACAGAGGACAGCACCCUGGGCGACGAAGAUAUUUACAGUGGUCUCUCAGACCAGAUUGAUGACACCGCAGAGGAAGAUGAGGACCUUUAUGACUGCGUGGAGAAUGAGGAGGCAGAGGGGGACGAGAUCUACGAGGACCUAAUGCGCUUGGAGCCGGUGCCCACGCCACCCAAGAUGACAGAGUACGAUAAGCGCUGCUGCUGCCUGCGGGAGAUCCAGCAGACCGAGGAGAAGUAUACAGACACACUGGGCUCCAUCCAGCAGCACUUCAUGAAGCCCCUACAGCGAUUCCUUAAGCCUCAAGACAUGGAGACCAUCUUUGUCAACAUUGAGGAGCUGCUCUCCGUUCACACCCACUUCUUAAAGGAACUGAAGGAUGCCCUGGCUGGCCUGGGAGCAACAACACUGUAUCAGGUCUUCAUCAAGUAUAAGGAGAGGUUCCUUGUUUAUGGCCGUUAUUGCAGUCAGGUGGAAUCAGCCAGCAAGCACUUGGAUCAAGUGGCCACAGCACGGGAGGAUGUGCAGAUGAAGCUGGAGGAAUGUUCUCAAAGAGCCAACAAUGGCCGCUUCACCCUGAGGGAUCUGCUGAUGGUGCCUAUGCAGCGAGUGCUGAAGUACCACCUCCUCCUCCAGGAGCUAGUGAAACACACACAGGAUGCUACAGAAAAGGAGAACCUGCGGUUGGCCCUGGACGCCAUGAGGGUGAGGGAGCAGGACCUGGCACAGUGUGUGAAUGAGGUCAAGAGGGACAAUGAAACCCUACGGCAGAUCACAAACUUUCAGCUGUCCAUUGAGAACCUGGACCAGUCUCUGGCCAAUUAUGGCCGGCCUAAGAUUGAUGGUGAGCUCAAGAUUACCUCAGUGGAGCGGCGCUCAAAGACGGACAGGUACGCCUUCCUGCUGGACAAAGCACUGCUCAUCUGUAAACGCCGCGGGGACUCUUACGACCUCAAGGCCUCAGUGAACUUGCACAGCUUCCAAGUUCGAGAUGACUCCUCUGGGGAGCGAGACAACAAGAAGUGGAGCCAUAUGUUCCUUUUGAUUGAGGAUCAAGGCGCCCAGGGCUAUGAGCUGUUCUUCAAGACCCGGGAGCUGAAGAAGAAGUGGAUGGAACAGUUUGAAAUGGCCAUCUCCAACAUCUACCCAGAGAAUGCUACAGCCAAUGGACAUGAUUUUCAGAUGUUUUCCUUUGAGGAGACCACUUCCUGCAAGGCCUGUCAGAUGUUACUAAGAGGCACAUUCUACCAGGGAUAUCGAUGUUAUAGGUGCCGGGCACCUGCACACAAGGAGUGUCUGGGGAGGGUGCCUCCAUGUGGUCGUCAUGGGCAAGAUUUCUCAGGAACCAUGAAGAAGGACAAGCUACAUCGAAGGACCCAGGACAAGAAAAGGAAUGAAUUGGGUCUGCCUAAGAUGGAAGUGUUUCAGGAAUACUAUGGGAUCCCUCCUCCACCUGGAGCCUUUAGACCAUUUUUACGGCUCAACCCUGGGGACAUUGUGGAGCUCACUAAGGCAGAGGCUGAACACAACUGGUGGGAGGGAAGAAAUACUGCUACAAAUGAAGUCGGCUGGUUUCCCUGUAACAGAGUGCAUCCCUAUGUCCACGGCCCUCCUCAGGACUUGUCUGUGCAUCUCUGGUAUGCCGGCCCCAUGGAACGAGCAGGCGCUGAGGGCAUCCUUAUCAAUCGCUCUGAUGGGACCUACCUGGUGCGGCAGAGGGUGAAAGAUACAGCGGAGUUCGCCAUCAGCAUUAAGUAUAACGUGGAAGUCAAGCAUAUUAAAAUCAUGACGUCAGAGGGGCUGUACCGGAUCACAGAGAAGAAGGCUUUCCGGGGCCUUCUGGAACUGGUGGAGUUUUAUCAGCAGAAUUCCCUCAAAGAUUGCUUCAAGUCGCUGGACACCACCUUGCAGUUUCCUUAUAAGGAACCUGAGAGGAGAGCCAUCAACAAGCCACCAGCUGGAAGCACCAAGUAUUUUGGCACUGCCAAAGCCCGCUAUGACUUCUGUGCCCGGGACCGGUCGGAACUGUCCCUUAAGGAGGGUGAUAUCAUCAAGAUCCUCAACAAGAAGGGACAGCAAGGCUGGUGGCGUGGGGAGAUCUAUGGCCGGAUUGGCUGGUUCCCUUCUAACUAUGUGGAGGAAGACUACUCCGAAUACUGCUGAGCCUGGUGCCCUGCAGGACUUAGAGAGAGGCAGAUGAAGGUUGAGCCCAGGAUGCUAUGCUAGCAGGGUUGAGGGACAUGAGCUGUCCUCACUGGCAGAGGAUCUGGAUGGAGUGCAGAUGGCUGAGUUCCCAGGAUGAAGCUCAGAGAUGGUUUAUUUAUAACACACUGAUUUUCUCCAGUCCUCCAAGAAAGGUGGGGCUUGAGGCAACUGAUUCUAAUAAAGUGAGGAGAGUAGGAA